AUGUCUGCCCAAGAAGAAUUCAAUCAGCUGGUGAACAACCGUCAACGCUACACUUCACACCCGGAAGACCGUGACGACUCAGACCCCCACUACUCCGACGAAGAACCCCAGCACAAGGUUGAUUCCUCCGACGAGGACGAUAACGAUAAUAUGGUCUCCUCUCGCGCCCCUACCUACCACGUUCCUAACACCGUCUACGACGCCAACACCGGUCCUAAAGGUGUCAUUGCCGAUGCUCAGGCUUUCGAGCGCGCCCGCAAGAAGUCCUUCCGUCGCACCCUCCUUAGCGCCGCUGGCAUCAACCACGGCCCCUCUUACAACUCCAAGUCUACGAGGGACGAAUCUCCCGCUGGCGAGUCUUCCAGUGACGAUGACGACGAGGCCCGCUUCAUGAACAAGUGGCGCACUUCUCGCAUGCACGAAUUGCAGCAUAAGAGUGCCCGUCGUCCUAGCCCGCGGGGUCGACGGUUCGGCUCGGUUGAGACCGUUGAUGCGGUGGGGUAUCUCGAUGCGAUUGAGAAGGUCACUUCGGAUACCGUCGUCGUCGUCUGCAUCUAUGACCCUCAGUAUGACGAUAGCGCCAUUGUUGAAGAAUGUCUGGUUACCAUCGCCCGCAGACAACCCACUACUCGCUUUGUGAAGAUGCACCAAGACAUCGCCGAGAUGGAUCACAUCAAGGCUCCUGCUUUGCUGGCCUAUCGUGGUGGUGAUGUCUUCGCUACCAUUGUUGAUGUGCUGCGUAGCAUCCCUCGGGGCCGCAGCUGCAGUGCUGACAGCUUGGAAGACCUGUUGAAGCUGAACCGUGUGCUUUAA